AUCGACAACAACACAAUACCCAGUUUGGACUGACACUAUAGCACCUUCUAUAACCAACCACGGAGCCAAGAUGAGAGUCGGAGUGCCUAUAUUCCUCUUUUUGGCUGCAGCAGGAUUCCACACUGCUCUGACCGCAUCCUUGGAAUCGGCAGAAAAAGAAGACACAUUUGGUGAGGAAGUGGGGCUGGAGCAGCUAAGCGACCUGCAAAAGAGAGAUCAGGAGGAGUUUGAAGCAGCUCAAAUGAGUGAGGCUGUUCAAGAUGAAAAUACUGAGGAGGAGAAUGACACUCAGGAAGAGGACAUGACAGACAGAGACGGAAACGUUGAGGCAGACCAACAUGAGUCUGAGUCUGAUGAGGAUGUAGAUGGUAUGAGGCAAAAGCGAGAACACCUUGAAGCCAACGUUGAAGAAGCAGAUGAGACUACAAAUCUAGCUGAGGUAGAGUGAGCCUGCCGGAGGCAUCAUGUGAGGAGGCAGCACUUGCAGACCUACCCCUAUCUUCUAUUACAGAACCCGAAGAACAUUGUGCAGCGAAACAGUUAACCGUUAAUAAAGAGAAAUAUCUCUCCCCAUUCUAUUUCACUGCUGUGUGCCUCCGUCCUUAUGCAAUAGGCCAUUGAGGUUUAUUUAGAAUGUAAUGGUUUGAAAAGUGAGUCUUUCAAACAUCUUGAGUACAUAAAAUACAAAAACAUGAUAGCUUUCCAUUUUUAUUUAUUUUUUCCUCCAAAUGUAUUCUGUCUGUGCAUAACAAACCAGUAUUUUCUUUGGUGCCUUAAAAAAAAAAAAAAAAACUAUUAAGGCAACUAUAACUCUAAAUGAGUUUAGUAGUGCAGCAGCUCAGUACCGCAACUCUUGGUGGCAUCACAGCAGCAAUGCAUGCCCCCCUCUUUCCAACAGAGCAUCUGGGCAAGGUCCACACACACACACACAGUCAAAAACAUCCACCAGGUUCAGGGUAGUAACCUGAUGUCGCUCACACUAACCUCAUCAACCACACAUAAAACAUAGCUGUGAGAUGGUGGCAAGAGCAACCUGAUGUGUUGGCAAGUACACAUUCCUCAGACCAACAGUACAGGCAAAUUACAAUUCUGCAGCUAAAUUGCGAAACAAGACUACAGAAGGCUUGAGCAGAACUAACGCAUUACACCAUCUAGUUUGAUGCAAUCAAGUUUAAACAGGAAAUCUAAGGACCUCAUUUAAGUGUCUCUCCCCACAUUUACCAACAUUCCAUUUAUUCAGAUUUACCUUGUUUUCAGGUAAAAGGUCUGCCAUCACCAUCAAUAACACCAAAGCAGACCCAGAAUAGAUACUUAUGGUACUAGAUAUUGUUCUUGCAGCAAAACAAAACAAUUGGGAAAAGGUUGAGAAAUUAAACUUUUUACAAUGAUCCCAUUAAAAAAACAAUUGUCUUUAUCAACCUGCCAGAUUAAAAAUAGACUGUACUGUUUCAGACCAUUUAUAAACAUGUCAUGAAGACAUUUUAGCCAUUUUCCCAAUUAAAUAAUGAUGUCCCAAAAGCCAGGGUGGUGGGAGCUCAACUUUGUAAGGUGAGAGGUCAGGUCGCCUAGUAUCACCAUCUAUGCUCAAAACAAAAGCAUUAUGGUAACUGGAUAGACAAAGGGGUCUAAUCCACAACCGGGUGUUGUGUUGUUGACCUACAAUGAGGAAGGGAUAGAUUUGCCUGUCAAAUGCAGCCUCUACUCAGUCUGGUUUCCUGUUGAGCAGGUUUCAGUUAAAUGAGGUUGCCUGACACUGCAUAAAAUGUGUAAUUUCUUUAGAAUAACUUUCACAAGAACCAUAUAGUGAAAGUACAGAAAACCUGAGGGAUCAUUGUAACAAGUUGAGAAAGCGGAGGAGAAGCUGAGAGAAUUAGCUCUGAGGGGCGUGCACAUCAUUUCCUGUACUUAUCUACAGACCAAGGGCUCUGUAGAAUGGCUAGUAACAGUCAAACUCAGUUCAUUCAGCAAAUGGCAAGGGGAAAACUGAAACUCCCCUGCACAUAAGGAAAAACAAGGCAACCAGUUCCAAGUACACACAAUUCUUAAAAUUGUUUAGUGACAAGACAAACACAUUCUCUUGACAAUGGCAUUUAAAAAGGUAGAGAAAGAACACCAAUAACCUCACUUUCAACCUAAAAAUAUACUAUUGAUUCUAAGUUACUCUGAGCAUGUGUUAUGUAUGACAGGCGAAAUAGAAGCGUCACUAAAGGCUAAUACUGCGUUGUAAUUGUUGUUUUGUCAUCCAAACUUAUAAAAUAAGAUUAUAAAAAACAGGAACAUGGUAUAUGUACAUAAUUACACGGUAAAAAAAAAAAAGUAGUGGAGUAGGAAAAAAAAAAAAAAAAAAAAAACUGUGAUUUGAUAAGCUAUUUUUACAAGAUCAUGAGCAUUGAAAAAGAAAUUCUGCCAAGUCUGGAAAAAAAACAAUGACAAAGAAAACAAAAAUGUUCCCAUUGGAAGUGAUCUGGCGCAUAAACGAACACAAUCAUAACUUAAGGUUGGAAAUUAUGCAGCCAAGAACCACAGGCCCAUAUCACAACGUCCGGUUUUUUUCCUUUUACCACAUCUUUUAUGUAUUCCCCUCCUUCGGUGUGUUGGCAUGGGGUUAGCAGGCUACAUCCACCCCCCCCCCAUCACGAGUGGGAACUUGUUCUCUCCUCCCCUGUUAUGGGGUGCAGGCAGCCCUAGACUCACAGGAUGACGUAGGUGAAGAGGGCCAUGAUGGCAGCGCUGAUCAGGCCUGAAAUGGGCACAGUAACAAA